CUGAUCAUGUGACAAUACCAUGGACUUGCAAGUGGUACCACAAGCGGUUUCGUCGUCACUUCCUCCUAAGGAAUGCUACAUAAUUACAAAGAAUACGCAGAUUACAGAAGGAAAAAUGAGAAUGGGCGCUUCAAGACUACUGCUUUUCCUUUUCUAUGCCAUGCUCACACACCUUGUAAAGCUCGCCUUUGCGCAGCGAGAUCCCUACGUGCUCCAUGAUUGUUCCAAUACUGGUAACGUUAGCAGUAACAGUGCCUACAGAAAAAACGUCAAUACCCUCCUUUCAUCCCUCUCUUCUAACACCCAAAUCGAUUAUGGGUUCUACAAUUUCUCCGCCGGAGAAAACUCCGACAGAGUUAACGCAGUUGCACUUUGUAGAGCAGACCUUACGCCGACCGACUGCCAGAGUUGUGUCAAUAUGUCUGCUUACGAGCUCUUACAUCUGUGCCCAAACCAGAAGGGGGGUAUCAUGUGGUACAUGAAUUGUACAGUACGAUACUCGAACAACUCUAUAUUUGGUGUUAUGCAGUUUGAACCUGUGAAGCAACUUUACAACACUGAGAAUGUCAGGGGCCCGAAUGGGACGUUCGUCCAGGUGCGAGAGACGCUGCUGGAUAGACUGAGAAGUGAGGCUGCAGCUAGCGCUUCGACUCUUCGCAAGUUUGCAACUGGAAAUGCGAGCUCCCCAUACUUUGAUAUAUAUGCUCUUUUGCAGUGCACUCCCGAUUUGAAUCAGCAGGAAUGCAGCGAUUGCCUAAACCAGAGCAUCGCAGAAGUUCCAACUUGUUGCGGUCUAGCGAUAGGAGUGAGAGUUCUUACACCCAGCUGCAACUUAAGGUAUGAGGCAGAACCUUUCUAUGGAUCCACUCUCGAGGCCCCGCCUCCAUCGUCAAGUACUCUCCCAUCGCCUGCAGAAGGAAAAGCGAGUAACUCUUCCCAAACUAUCAUCAUAGUCAUGGCAGCUGUUGUUUCCAUGGUGCUAAUCUUCUGCAUUUGCAUCUGUAUCUAUUUAAGGAUGAGGAAGCAAAGGAAGAAAGUUGAAAGAAUGGAUGAAAUUGAUAGCGUUGAAUCCUUGCAAUUCGACUUCAGCACGAUUAGAGUUGCUACAGACAACUUUUCCGAUGUAAACAAACUUGGAGAAGGUGGAUUCGGUAUUGUUUACAAGGGCAAGUUUCCAAAUGGACAAAAAAUAGCUGUGAAAAGGCUUUCUAGAAGUUCUGAACAAGGUGAUCAAGAAUUUAAGAACGAGAUCUUAUUAGUUGCCAGGCUUGAGCACAGGAAUUUAGUAAGGCUCUUGGGUUUUUGCUUUGAAGGAAAUGAAAGGCUUCUUGUAUAUGAGCUUAUGCCAAAUUCAAGCCUUGACCACUUCAUAUUUGGUAUGAUUACAUUUUUUUCAAGUUGCAUGUAUGUUCCAACACACUUGGAUAUAUAUAUAGAUAUAUAUAUGUAUAUAUAUUUUACCUAUAAACUCAUGAUAUAUAUAUGCUCAAUUCAAUGUGUAGAUCCAAGCAAGCGUUUACAUUUGGAUUGGAAAAUUCGAUACAAAAUCAUAAUAGGCAUUGCUCGAGGGCUUCAAUAUCUUCACGAAGAUUCUCAAUUACGCAUUAUUCAUCGUGAUCUCAAAACUAGCAAUGUUUUGUUAGAUGAACAGAUGAACCCGAAAAUUUCAGAUUUUGGUAUGGCAAGAUUAUUUACACUAGAUCAAACUCAAGCUAAUACAAGGAGAAUCGUCGGGACCUAUGGAUAUAUGGCUCCAGAGUAUGCAAUGCACGGACACUUUUCAGUGAAGUCUGAUGUCUUUAGCUAUGGUGUGUUAGUUUUGGAGAUAGUGUGUGGGCAAAAGAACGAUUCUUUUGAAAAUGGAGAGAAUACGGAGAAUCUUCUUAGCCAUGCAUGGAAAAACUGGAGAGAAGGAACAGCUUUAAAUCUGAUAGAUUCAACAUUAAGGGUUGGUUCAAUGACCGAAAUAAUGAGAUGCAUCCACAUAGGAUUGCUAUGUGUUCAAGAGAACAUAGCUGAGAGACCAACAAUGUCUUCAAUCCUCCUAAUGCUUAACAGUUACUCUAUGGCUCUAUCGAUACCCUCACGACCUGCAUUCUUAAUGCACAGCAUUGUUGAAUCAGACAUGUCGUCGAACCAAUCAUUCCAAGCUUCACAAAAUGAGGCUUCAAUGACUGACCCAUAUCCUCGCUAGCUAAUUCUUGAUCAUGCCUUCAGAAAAGAAGACCCAUAUUUGUUGUGUAGCUAGCUUGUAGUUAUUUGUGUUGUACGUACAUGCUUAAUUGAGACGAACAUACAUCAAAUGAGAGAUGUAGAGGCACCUCUUUCUAAGCUUCAGCAGGUGAGGAUGACUCAGUUAGUAUUGUAUUCUAUCUAUCUUCAUAAAUGUUUUACAUGAGUUGUAAUUUUGAGCACAAUUAAGAUAUUUGAUACUUCUGUUAUAAUGCCCUGGUUCUAGAUCAGGACCAGGGAGUUAA